CUUUGCACCACAGACAGAUAGCGAGAGGAGGGAGACAGGGGCACACAGAGAGAGGGACAGAAAGUUUGUGUACAAAGACCUUAAAAAAAAAAGUAGCGUUGCACCUGGUAACACUGGUGACACAGAAAUGAGAGGUCUGCUUAGUGCUUAAAUAGCUGAGAGACAAUGGGACAGGAGAGGAAAGUGAACGAUCUCUGCUUAAAUUUCAUAACUGCAGGGAAGUAGAAGUACAGCUGCCUCUGUCUUUAACGGAGUCAAAAGGGCUAUUGGAUAAGGGAAACAUUUUAGUAUCUGAAAAAGAAAAAGCAGCUCAGAGUUGAAUGAAUUUCAUGCUGAGUUAUGGUUUUGACCGGCUUGAGUAUAUUUCAUAAUUUCUGCUGCCGUUGAGAGAAAGAGGCGGGAGGUGGAAGGGGCUGAUGAGUUUUUGAAAAAUGCCUUUCGUUUUAUUUUAUCUUAUUUUUUAAAUGAGUGUUCAGGGCAAAAAAGGGAGCUGAAGGGAACGCGCUGGAGAGCAGCAGCAGGGAAGAUGGGUCUGUUAAGCGUGGAUUUGCUGAUCGCGCUUCAGAUCUUGCCGGUUUUUUUCUCCAAUUGCCUCUUUCUUGCACUCUACGACUCUGUGAUCCUCCUGAAGCACAUGGUGCUGCUCCUGAGUCGGUCUAAGGCGGCGCGUGGCGAGUGGCGAAGAAUGCUGACCUCGGAGGGACUACGCUGCGUCUGGAAUAGCUUCCUCCUAGAUGCCUACAAACAGGUGAAAUUGGGAGGAGAAGCCCCAAACUCCAAUGUGAUCCACAUAGCUAAUGGCGGCAGCAGCAGCAGCAGUAGCAGAAGAAAAAGUGUUGGUGGGAAAUAUGGAACCAAGUGCCACCUUCUGGACUUUGCCAAUUCAGAGCGCCCGCUGGUGGUUAACUUUGGUUCAGCCACCUGACCCCCAUUCACGAACCAGCUGUCGGCCUUCGGCAAGCUGGUGGAGGAGUUCUCAGGUGUGGCCGAUUUCCUAUUGGUCUACAUCGAUGAGGCUCACCCAUCGGAUGGCUGGGCCGCCCCUGGGAUCUCUCCCUCCUCAUUUGAGGUGAGGAAGCACAGGAACCAGGAAGACCGAUGUGCUGCCGCUCACCAGCUCCUGGAGCGGUUUUCCUUGCCAUCCCAGUGCCAAGUGGUAGCUGACUGCAUGGACAAUAAUGCCAAUGUGGCCUAUGGGGUCUCCUUCGAGCGAGUGUGCAUCGUGCAGAGACAGAAAAUUGCCUACUUGGGGGGCAAGGGCCCCUUUUUCUACAACCUCCAGGAAGUCCGGCUUUGGCUGGAGCAAAACUUCAGCAAGAGAUGAAAUCCAGCCUGAGAUGAGUAAAGUGUGUCAAGAGCCUUGUCCCUUUAAAGUGAUAUAAAAGGGAACAAAACACACGGUUUUACAAUAGGCCUUUCGGGGCCUGUUGCAGGAGAACAGGUUCAAUAAUAAGGUCAAAUGAAUGCAAGCCAGGAAAAAAAGAAAAAGAAAACAGCACAUAAAAAGAGAAUUGUGUGAGACCAUCCUACUCCUGCCUUCUUAACAGGGCAGAAAAGGCCACUGUGAAAAGUGCUGCUGCUGCGCAUGAAAGGUGGUGGGAUGAGAUUUCUCACCCAUCCUUUUAACAACAUGUUGACUUUAGGUUCAGAAGAAAGCACUGCUUCCUGGAAGGCGAUUCUGCGGAGAGGCAACCUCAUGUAUUUGAUCAGGGACAUCUCACUUUUCCAUUGAGGCCUGUAUAGGCAACUUGCCAGCAACCUGAGACCUUCAAUUAAUUUGCAUAAAAUGGAGUGGCUUAUGGCUGCCUUCCUUUUUUGAUACAGAGGUAUGACCCAGCAGAGACUACAAGAUCCACCAUGCAGUGCAAACUGGCUGCUCAGUUCAAGAUGAAACAUUGUAUGUGGAUUUUGGUACUCUCUCUACGGGCAGCCUCUCUGCAUAGUGUGUGUGUGUGUGUGUACAGUAUGCGCGUGUGCACACACUACACACACACACACACACACUCUUAGGCAUCUGUAUGUUAACAAUUAAAUUGGCAGCAAGCCACACCGUAGAACUCCAUAGGCUGCAUUUGGCUCUCAGGCUACACCUUGGUCACCAUUGUGAGACAAAGAAAGAGAGAGAGAGAGAGAGAGUGAAGGAAAGAGGUGAUGGGCGGGCGGGGGAGGGAGAAGGAUACAGACGAAAGAGUCUGCAAGAUCCUAAGAUCAAAAGGAGUGAGGGAGAAAGAAACAGAGAUUGUGUAAUAAAACUAUAACUUUUCACUUUGAAAAUUCAGAAAGUGGGAUUAUUUGUCACCAACACACACAGAUAUACACACACAGGGCAAGAGAGAAGAGUUCAGCUGAUGCCAGCCUUCAAUAUGUGGCACUGAAAAGAUGUAUUAAUCACUGCUUUUUUCUUUUUCUUUCUUAAAGAGAAACAGCAGAGACAGAGAGAAUUAGGGGUUAUUUUGUGUUUAGUUUUGUAAAAGUAAUUUAUUUCUUUUGACAUAGCAGGCAUAUUUUUGAGCAGGGGCAGGAGUUACACACCACUUUACCUCAUUGGAAUCGAAACCUGUCCAGUUGAUUACCCUGUUAAAGUGGUCAUGUUGAUUUUUGCUAUCCUAGAUGCCUGCAAUUAGUUUACAGCCAUAUUAGUUCAUUGGAAAGUUAAACAGUCUUUAGCUUCAGCAACUGCAGUUUCUGUUGGGCAGGAUAGCAUUUUGGUUCAUGUUUCAUUCUUCUUCUCAGAAGCCUUUGGGGGAAAAAAACCCAUCACACUGGCCUCACAGUCACCACCUUAUUUCUCUGAAGAAGUUAAGGAUGAACUGAGUGACUUAUCAAGAACAAUUGUAACAAAUGUUUCUCAAGAAUGGCUGAGGGGAAUAUUCUGAAGUAUAUUUAAAGAGACAUUGUCAUCUUGGUCUAGGCCUUAAGUAUGUUUAGGUUUUGUAAAAAAUUAAAGGAUUUUACAAAACCUAACACAAAUGGACAUGCUUCCAUUGUGCUAGUGCAUGAGAACUGGGAAGUGAAACUGACUAAUUACAAGAGUGAACCUGACCAGCCUAGUUUCACAGUCCAAGCUGAGAGAAAUGCAAAACAAGCAAACAGCAUAAAGUGGGGAAAAUUAAAGGAAAGUGUUAAAUCUCUUACCCUGCUAAUCACCUGAAAUGUUAGUACAAACCCAGGGAAGAACUUAAAAAAAAAAAAAGAAAUAUUUCUAUUUUACAGUGUCCCUUUAAUCACACUUGGCAUAUUUCUUUUUGUUUUGGUGUGAGUCAAUUCAGCUAAUGCACAUGGCAUUUUAAAAAAAAUGGAUGCAUACACAAACCCUGGUAAAGCAUCCCAGAGAAGCUGGUGGGGAAUGCAGUUCAGAGAGCCAAGUUCAGCUGAGUGGAUGGAAGAGCAUGCUACUCCUGUAUUUCAGGAUUUCAUAAUUGCACUAAGUAAUUUGUGAUGAGGGGUAAAAAAGGGAAGAUGACAUACACUGUUGUCUUCUUUAGGUAUAUAGGGCCAAGGUAUAUAGUAAGAGGUAAGAAGAAAAAAUUGAACAAUGGAAAAUUUAGGCUGAAUAUCCAUCUACUCCAAUGUCUGCCUUCUGGUAUAUAAGCCUGACUUCUCAGACCAUUCAGUGAAGUGAUCAUGACCUACCAAUUACUAUGGUAGAUUGUUACACAUUUCUAUGACUGUGUGGGAGAGCUACCUUAAACCUAUGAACACAGAAACAUAGGAAUUGCCUACUGGAUCAGAUCACUAGUUCAUCUAGUGCAGUAUCCUAUCUCUGAUAGUGUCAGAUGCUUUAGAAGAAGGUGUAAGAAUCCCUAUACUGGACCAUUCUGAAGUAAACUGUCCACAGGAGUUACUUGUUCUGAGCCACAGACAGUUAAUGAUUGGCUUGUGCCCUUAGAAGUUUUAUCCUUUCUAGUGUGACUACAGAUGUCCUCAUUAUCCAUAUAAAUACCUGGACCUUUUUUGGAAUUCUAUGAAGAACCUGAGCUCAAUUAUGUCUCGUGGCAGUGAUUCCUUUUAUCAAAUUUGUUGCCUUUCAAUUUAAUUGAAUUUCCCCUUGGUCUUGUAUUAUAAGACAGCGUAAAUAGGGGCACCCAAUUCUCCUUCUGUGUGUCAUUCAUUAUUUUCUAUACUUUUGAUGCAAGUCUUAUUUGUGUCCUUUCUAAACAAAACAAUUCUAAUCUUUCAGUCCCUCAUAUGGGUCCAUAUCUCUCAUAAUUUCCUCCCAUUUCUGGACUCCUUCUCUUUUUGCUUAACUACUUUUUUCAGAUAGGGUGACGAGAGCUGAAAACAGUAUUCCAGAUGAAAACAUUCAGUGGGUGUAUAUAAUAAUGUAAUAUUUUCAAUGUUAUUUUCUAUUCCAUUCUUCAGGCAUCCUAAACUUUAUCAUUCCAUAACUGCUUCAGGAUAUAACCCGAUGUGCCUUGUAAAGGUUAAAUCUUUCUUUCUUUCUUUCUUUCUUUCUUUCUUCAAUCUGGGGCUUUUAGCAUUGUCUUAGUUGUCUGUCUGCAAAAUGCCAACCCAAGUGUCUAAUAUGACUGUUGAAACAUAUCUUAAGAUCACAAGAAGGAGUCCAAAUUAGUAACUCCAAUACUCCUUUGCAUAGCUAAAGUCACAGUAAUUUUGCAUAGCUUUUUUUCUCCUUUUUGGAUUUCUACUAUUUUGUCCCUCUCUCAUGUGUGGGUGUCUUGUUAUUCAUAGAUGGGUUUUCAUUGCACAGCAAGGGGAUUAUAAAACUGUCUUCUGUAAAUAGACAAUCCUCAAGGAUCAGAACUUUCUUUCUUGGCAACAUCAAUUCCUGACCCUGGCCAAAAUGCAAAGAUGCUGGCAACCUCUGUGGUUAUCAUGACAAGGAUACAUUUUGUAAAUUCUUUUGAUCCCUCCAGAAAACAUAUGGCAAAAAAAGCAGAGGAGAAUAUUUUCAAUAGAAAAGAAAUGAUCUUAGAGAAAAAGAUGUUUUCUCUUUUGUAAGUGAUUAAUAGAAACAUUAAAUACAAUUCCUUUAAUUUUUUGGUGGUAUAAAAGAAUACAACUUUUAGAAAAGGUUUAAAAAUUAAUGAAAUAAUGUCACCAUUAAUUAUACAAAUAGACACAUAUGGGUAAGAUUAACUUCUGCAGUUAUGUUAGUAGGAUUAAAAAAAUUAAGACUAUCAAUCAUCAGGCUUUCAGGAUGUAAACUGAUUGCUAGGUAGAGUCAGGAAGGAAUUUUGCUACUAACAUGGCAUAAUUGGUCAGGUGCAUUGUGAGGUUGGGUUUCCCUUUUUCUAUUUCUUUACACAAGGCAUUUGCUGGACCAGAAUAACCAUAGUUUAUUCCAGUAUGGCAAAUCUUACAUUCUGAAGUUGAACAGAAUUCACAGAAGAGGCUAAUGCCUGAAAAUAUUUCAGAAAGUCACCAGACAGAUAGGGAAUGCAGUCCUGUCCCUUGGCAGUAGCUGGAGAUUAACUGUUUUUUUAAAUAUCCUAGCAUGUCUGCAAAGUCACUUUGGAUCUGAGUCUCCACAGAUGUUUGCCUUAUAUUAUUAUUUAGCCCUGUGCAAAAUAAGUGUAAGUGACACCACCAGAAUGAUAGCUUUUUGCUCCUCCUUUGCACUUGUGUAAAUGAUGACACAAGGUGAAAGGCAGUGGAGAAUCAGGCCCAGCACAUUUAAAAAGGAAAAAUGCAUGGCAAAAUGUAUGUCACUGAACAGCUGCGCUAAGGACUUCAAAAAGCUAAAGGCGAUUAUUCUUCUGAAGGUUGUCUAGAUGGAGAGAUCCACGAAGCUUCUUAAAAAUGUCUCAGUGGUGUGUGUGAGACCUUUAUAUGUUGUUGGGUGUAGGAUUAAGAUUUUUAACACAUACAUUCAGUACUAUAACCAAAGCAAUAAAAGAGGUAUCAGGUAGGGAAUAAUGGCCAGUUUUGUUCGACUCUACACCAUAUCAAUGCAUGACCCAUAUGCAGCAAACGACAGGCCUGAAUUCUGGGCUGUACAGAUGGGGGAUGAGGGCAAGGCAGGGAUGCUAGUGUGCUCAUGAAGACCGCUAACAAAAGAGUAACUAACUCCGUUGGCGUUCAGAUGCCAUCACACUGGCAUUUCUUUCUGCGUUUUGCUAUCUCUGUUUGGAGGGUCUGCUUGAUGUCCAUUCCUUUGAGUACUGUGGGUAGAGAUGUGUUUGUGUGUUUAGGUGUCAAAAAUAUACUUCAUAGGAGAACCAGCAAAAAUGUGUUAUAAUAUUGGUGCUCUGUGCAAUGUGUGCUUUUUAGACUUGUCUUUUUUUUCUUGUAUUUUAAUAAAAUCUAAAGGCAAAAAUA